UUAAUUCCAACUAUUAUGCCUCCAAUCUUCUUUACUGGUGCGACCCUUUUGUAUCUCCCUUUAAUAACUUAAUAAAUCUUGAUUAUUUAUUGCUCCGUACAGUGUUUGGUUGUUUUGUUGUUGAAAGCUUGUUUUGAGUUUUAUGCAAUGUCUGAGCCUGCAAAAGUGAGGUUGGUUCGUUGCCCAAACUGUGAAAACUUGCUCCCGGAGCUCCCUGAUUACUCUGUUUAUCAGUGUGGUGGUUGUGGGACUGUUCUUAGAGCAAAGGAGAAAGAUGAUGAGGGGGAUAGCUUAUCAGGUAAUUUAUAUGAAGAAAGAGUAGGUGUGCUGGGAAAAUCCCCUGAGGCAGUGGAGAAUUCUGAAUAUGCGGAAGAAGCGGUGAUGAAUUUGAGUGAUGAGUCUGGAAACAGUGUUAGGUCAAAUGGCGCCUCUACUAGUGUUAGCAAGGAAAAUAUUGCUGAUAGAGUGGGGAAAAUUAGGAAUACUUCAAUGACCAAAGGGGAUAAAAAGGGUGUUAUAAUUGAUGGCGAGAAGGAAAACUCAGAUGAUAUAGGUAAAGAAUCUGCUGAGUUAAAUUCCCGGAUUGGAAAGGCAAGUGGUUCGAGAGGUUCUGGGCGUUUUUCAGACUGGAGAGCAGGCGAGAGAAGUGAAGUGGAGGGGUUCCUCGGCAACCAAAGGGCUGAUGUUGCAAGUUUGAGGUAUUCGACUUCAAAGUACUCAGAGGAGGUUCCUUCAUAUAAUAAGUUUGUAUCUAAUCAUGAUCAAGCUGUAACAGCUGAACAGAUGAAGAAUCAGAGUGAUUUUGAUAAAUUGAAGAAGGCUGAGUACCUUGAAGAAGAUCGAGCUGAGCUUUUAAGGAAGCUGGAUGAGCUGAAGGACCAACUUACCAGGACUAAAAUAGUGGAUAAUACCAAGGAAAAGGUUCCUAUGAAUAAUGGGAGGGUUUUUCAUCAGGAGCCCUAUGGUGGUGAUAAUUGGUUCCCUGAUGGCUCUAUGGGGCAUAAAAGGGCGUCAAUGCAGUAUUCAGUUCCUGAUAAGCAUGUGGCAGGACCUUCUUAUAUCAGUCAUUAUCCUGAGCCACGUCCAUUCAUGAAUAGUCGUGAAAUGGCAAUGCAUAACUUUUAUACUCCUAUGCAUACACCAAGUGAACUGCCAGGUUUUGAGGAUCCUUUUAGGUCCCAAAUGCUUCGGACUCAUACGAGCCAGGCACCUCAUCCUUUACAACAUCCAGCUCAUCAAUAUUUCCCUGGACGUUAUAUGAACAAUGACAUGGGGAAUUUUGACAUGCUUGAACCAUAUUCUCAUAACAUAGAGCCUCAUCCUACAUCUUGCUCUUGUUUCCAUUGCUACAACAAGUAUCCUCAUGUUCUUCAACCGAAUCAACCUUCUGUUUUCCGUGAUAAAACGUAUGCUGAUAUCCCACACAAUUCAAUGUUCUACCAUCGCGAAAAUUCUGGUGCUUAUGGUCCGCCUGGUUAUAAUUCAAGAUUUCCUUCUCAUGAUUUUCAUAAUCCACAUUCGAAUACAAGACUGGCUACUGAUCUGAACUAUAAGGUGGGUGUUAAUCGUCAGCGGCAUCAAAGAGUAGUGCUAGCAACUGGUGGAAGUCGCUGCCGCCCUGUUGCUGGUGGUGCUCCAUUCAUCACAUGCUACAAUUGUCUUGAAGUGCUCCAACUACCAAAGAAAAUUUUGAAGACAAAGAAAAGUCAAAAGAAAUUGAAAUGUGCAGCAUGCUCUAAGGUCAUCCUCUUAGUUAUAUCAGACAAUAAACUUGUUUCCACCCUUAGUGAUGGUGUGAAGAGAGUCCCUGCAAAGGUUGGUGAUAGCUCUAAUAUGGCUGCUAAAGAAGAUAGUUCAAGCUAUCAGGGAGCAAACUGGGGUAGCAUGGAUUUGUCCUCUGAUGAUUAUGAAAACACAGGCUAUGAUUUCCAGUCAAUGGAUCAAAAACUACCUUCAUCAACAUUAGGACAGAAUUUGAGCUCAAAUCAGUCUGCCGAAAUGCGAAGCCUUCAUUCUACUAUUUCUUGUCCCUCUGAGGGUGAAGAUAAUCCGGACAUUCUGAUUGGUACAAUAGGAGAAGCCAAGUCCGAUGAACUUGUAGCAGGAAUUGACCCGUCUCAAACAGCAUCAGGUUCACCACUUGAAGAUCCAAUUAAUUCUUCCAAUAAAUAUAACAUGGUCAACCGAGUCGGAAAGGGAAACAGAAGUGGUCGGACCGAGCAAGAGAAAGUUAUUGUCAAGAAGGUUACCUCAAGGCAAAAUUCCAUAAAAGAUGCACCAGUGGCAACUGAAUUGGAUAUAUCAUCUAAUGAGUAUGGUAAUACUGGAGUUUCAUUAGAUUCAGGGGAUACAAGCAGAGAAGAAGACCAACUUAGAGUGAAGAAAGGGGGUUUAUCAUUCUUCACAGGUAUCAAAAAGAAAAGCUUCAAAGACAAAUUUAGAUCUAGUCAGAUUGUCGAGCAGGAAAAAUGUAGUGUUGCAGUUAACGGACAUCCUAUACCAGAUCGUCUGAUUAAGAAAGCUGAAAAGGUGGCUGGACCAAUUCAACCUGGACAAUACUGGUAUGAUUCCCGAGCUGGAUUCUGGGGUUUCAUGGGCGGACCUUGUCUUGGCAUAAUUCCUCCAUUUAUUGAAGAGUUCAGCUAUCCCUUACCAGAGGAUUGCGCUGGCGGAAAUACUGGUGUGUACGUAAAUGGAAGAGAGCUUCACCAGAAAGACCUGAUUUUGCUUGGAAAUAGAGGACUGCCAACUGAAAGAGAUAGGUCAUACAUAAUUGAGAUGUCUGGUAGAGUCUUGGAUGAAGACUCUGGUGAAGAGCUCGAUAGCCUUGGCAAACUUGCCCCAACUGUUGAGAAGGCGAAGCAUGGAUUUGGGAUGAAACCACCAAAAACAACUGCAUGAGUUCCGGGCUUUCCAAAAGUACAACAAUACAACAUCGACCUUGAAUUACCUGAGGAAGAUAUUGUGUUAUUCGUCCUCAAAUUAACCGGAGCUGUUUCCCUUCAGUACAUCUUAUUCAUAAAUGUGUAUGACAAAUAGAACCGUGAUAUAUGGCUUAGGCUAUGAUUGUAGAUGCAAGGCAUAUAGAUUGUUCAAAUAAUAUUAACUAAAGUUUGUAGCUGUACUUUUGGAAGUAAAAAAAGGUGAUUUUUCCA